UACUGAAAAUAAAAUCUGGAAGAUGGCCGUCGACGGAGUGGUGGUGGUGAUGGUGCCGUUCGUAGCACACGGUCAUCUCAACCAACUCCUUCACCUCUCCGCCCUCGUAUCUGCCUACAACAUCUCCGUUCACAUCGUCUGCACCACCGCCCACCUCCGCCGAUCUCGCUACCGCCUCCACGGUUGCUCCGCCGCCGCCUCCAACCGCAUCCACUUCCAUGAAUUCCCAACUCCUCCUUUCACUUCCCCACCUCCAAACCCCUCCAUCCCCUUCCCUUCCCACCUCCAAUCGUCCUUCGAUUCAACCCUCCAUCUCCGUCGUCCUGUCGCCGAUCUCAUUCUUUCUCUCUCACACACCGCCACCAGAGUCGCCGUCGUCCACGACGUUCUCAUGUCUUACGUCAUUCAAGAUGUCCAAUCGAUACCAAACAUCGAGACUUUCACCUUCCGUCCACUCUCCGCCUUCUACACCUUCUGGGAUUCUUGGGAAAAAUCCGGCAGACCGUUUCCGGUUGACCGGAAAUUGCUAGACCGGCUUCCUUCUCAAAAUGGAAUCACCACUCCAGAGUUUAAGGAAUUUGCAAAACUUCAACAACCCCACAUGAAUCUGGACGUCGGAGAGCUAUACGAUUCGUCCAGAGUUAUCGAAGGCGAAUUUAUUGAAUAUCUAGAGAGAAAAGAGAUCUCUCGGGGAAAAAGGAUCUGGGCUAUCGGACCGGUUAAUCCAGUCCACAUAACAUCUCAUGUGACAGUUACAGAAAACCAUCACAAAUGUUUGCAAUGGCUUGACAAGCAACCUGCUAAUUCUGUUAUUUAUGUCUCUUUUGGGACGACAACAACCUUCAGUGACGACCAAAUAAGGGAAAUCGCUAUCGGGUUGGAGAGAAGUGAACAAAGGUUUGUUUGGGUGGUUCGAGCCGCAGACGUAGGGGAUGUGUCUGGGUUCGAGGAUAAGACUGUCGAGUUGCCAGACGGGUUCGAAGAGAGAGUGAGAGAGAGGGGAUUGGUGGAGCGGAGGUGGGCCCCGCAAUUGCAGAUUUUGGGGCAUUCAGCUACGGGUGGGUUUUUGAGUCACUGUGGGUGGAAUUCAUGCAUGGAAAGUAUAUCGAUUGGAGUGCCAAUGGCGACGUGGCCAAUGCACUCUGAUCAGCCAAGAAAUGCAGUUUUGAUUACAGAAGUUCUUGGGAUUGGUGUGGUGGUUAAAGAUUGGGAGUGUAGAAACGAGUUGGUUACGGCUGCGGUGGUGGAAGAGGCCGUGAGAAGGCUUAUGGGUUCGAAAGAGGGGGAGGAGAUGCGGAGCAGAGCCACCGUGUUGAGUGAUGACGUCAAGAAAUCGGUGACAGAAGGUGGUGUUGGCCGUUUAGAGAUGGAUUCGUUUAUUUCCUAUAUAAAUAGAUAGAUGCUACUUUAUAAAGUGUUGUUAAAUGAACCCAUUUUUAAUUCAAAUCCU